AUGUGUGAUGAUGUCCCAGAUAAUUGGUGUACUGGGGAGAAAUGCCUUGUCCCUUGUCCUGAAGAUGGGAAACUUCAUGAAGGAACAAUAUGCUCUAUUGAAAAGGACAAGAAUGGAAAAUCAUUUGCUGUUGUAUCAUUCUCUGAGUCCGAAGAAAGAAAAAUACUAAUAACUGAGCUUCAUAGAGUCCAAGCCAGUAGAGGACCCUGGAAAAGCUUAAUAUUUGAUGAUGGCGACCUUGAAAAGCCUUAUUUUCCUGACCAAAAUUUUCCAUCUCCUGCAGUUGCUUUUAAAUUAUCUGACAAUGGCGAUUUUAUCCCAUAUACAAUUAACAGAUACCUGCGUGAUUAUCAAAGAGAAGGAGCCCAGUUUCUCUAUGGACACUAUACUAAUAAAAGGGGUUGUAUUCUUGGAGAUGAUAUGGGCCUUGGAAAGACAAUACAGGUAAUUUCAUUUCUGGCUGCAGUGUUGCACAAAAAGGGAACACGUGAGGAUAUUGAAAAUAAUAUGCCAGAAUUUCUACGGAGGACAAUGAAAAAAGAAUUGAAGUGUAACCCCAAGAAGACUUUCCUCAUAGUGGCCCCUCUUUCAGUGCUGUACAACUGGAAAGAUGAAUUAGACACUUGGGGGUACUUUAAGGUCUGUAUCUUACAUGGCAAUAAAAAAGAUGAUGACUUAAAUCGCAUCAAGCAAGGGAAAUGUGAAAUUGCACUUACAACGUAUGAGAUACUUCGCCUGUAUUUAGAUGAAUUUAACAGUGUAGAAUGGUCUGCUGUGAUAGUGGAUGAAGCACACAGAAUCAAGAAUCCAAAGGCUCAAAUAACGCAAACCAUGAAGUCAUUAAAAUGCAAUGUUCGCAUAGGCCUUACUGGAACCAUUCUUCAAAACAAUAUGAAGGAGCUUUGGUGUGUUAUGGACUGGGCUGUACCAGGACUUUUGGGUAGCAGAGGACAUUUCAAGAAGAAAUUUUCUGAUCCAUUGGAGCAUGGCCAGAGACACACUGCAACUAAAAGGGAGCUAGCAACAUGUCGUAAGGCCAUGGUGAAGCUAGCCAGAAAAAUGUGUGGCUCAUUCCUGAGACGUACCAAAGACCUUAUCAGUGAUCAAUUGCCGAAAAAGGAAGACCGAAUCGUGUACUGUUCCCUGACUGAAUUCCAGAAAGCAGUGUACCAGGCUGUGCUGGAGACAGAGGAUGUAAGCUUAAUAUUAGGAGCAGGAGAGCCCUGUACUUGCAGCAGUGGCCGUAAAAGAAAGAACUGUUGUUACAAAGUAAAUUCUCAUGGUGAAACAGUUAAGUCACUGUGCUUCAGUUACCUGACAAUUCUUCAGAAGGUUGCAAAUCAUGCUGCUCUGCUGCAGACAGACAACACUAGCAAGCAGCAGGAAGCACAUAUCAAACGGGUGUGCAGCCAGGUGUCUUCCAGUUUUCCAGAUUUUGUGCAGUUAAGGAAAGAUGCAGCCUUUGAAACAAUUUCAGAUCCAAAGUACAGUGGAAAAAUGAAGGUCCUUCAGCAGCUUUUAAAUCACUUCAGAAAAAACAAGGAUAAAGUUCUUCUUUUCUCCUUUUCCACGAGGUUGCUAGAUGUGCUGGAACAAUAUUGUAUGGCAUCUGGGCUAGAUUACCUCAGACUUGAUGGAAAUACAAAGUCAGAAGACAGGAUCAGAAUUGUAAGAGAGUUCAACACCGUUCAAGAAGUUAACAUAUGUCUUGUAUCUACAAUGGCUGGUGGACUGGGUCUUAAUUUUGUUGGUGCCAAUGUUGUUAUACUCUUUGAUCCUACGUGGAACCCUGCAAAUGAUCUUCAAGCUAUUGACAGAGCUUACAGGAUUGGCCAGUACAAAGCUGUUAAAGUAUUUAGAUUGAUAUCCUUGGGAACUGUAGAAGAGCUGAUGUACUUGCGACAAGUUUAUAAACAGCAACUCCACUGUGCGGUGGUUGGAAGUGAAAAUGCCAAACGGUAUUUUGAGGCAGUGCAAGGAUCAAAGGAACAUCAAGGAGAGCUUUUUGGGAUCCAUAACCUUUUCAGACUUAGGACUCAUGGGUCCUGUCUUACCAAAGACAUCCUGGAGAGGGAAGGGCAAGUAGAAGCAGGAGUCAUGACAGCAAAUACAUGGCUAAAGGAAGAGACUUCUCCAUGCAGCUUUGAAAAGGUUGAACAGCCAGGCUGUAUAGAUGAUAGAGAUCCCCAAAGCAUUAAGGCACAAUUAAAGAGAGAAGAAAGAGAUCUUUGUGAUGAUUUCAGUGAUGAUGAUGUUCUGGAAACUUCUGUGAAAAAAUGUGACAGCAGUAGGCCUUGCAGUACAAAUAAGGCAAUGGCAGCAAAGGGACAGCUUUCCUUAAUGCAGUGUGGAUUCUCUAAGUUGUUGCAGCAAGAAAUUGAAACUACCAAAGCAAAGGAUUAUAAUUAUAACUCACAUCAUUCAACUUCUGGUGAUCAGAUUAUAAGAACAAACGUAAAUACUAAGAGCAAUGAUUUUCAGAAAUGUCAAAGCCAUUUGGAACAUGGGAAAUCUACUCAGUCACCAGGUGAACCUGAUAAACAAGAUGCAUCUAGUACAGGCUGGCUUGUUUUAUCAGAUUCUGAGGAUGAAGGGGACAGGGAAAGUGAGGAUCAAGGCAUUUCAAAGCAAAGUUACACAGUCAUGAAAACUGAAAGCAGUUCUGAAGAGGAUACUGAUGUCAUCUUUCCUACCCAAGUUCCAGCACAUCAGCAAACAAUGCCUACUAAAAAAGUUGACAUAUACAGGUCAAUAUCUGAAAACCAUGAAGAGUUAGUGAAAGAAAAAGAUGGGCUUGUAUUUAAAGAUGAUAGUAGGCAUCUUGGAUUCAGUAGUACUGAGUCAAAUUUCAGCAAAGUCGUGUCUUUUGAAGACAUCAAGAAUAACAAAAGAGAUUUGAAAGAAGCAAGUGACCCAAGUGAUGAGUCUGAUGAUAUUGAAGUUUCUCAUAAUUCUGAAUCAAGAAAGUUAAGAACUUUCACAUUUCUGAAAUGGAAAGACCGACGUACACAUAACGAUGAACUGGGUAACGUUUCCAAAGCUCUGCUACAAGCAAAGAGGGCCAAUAGAAAAGAAAAAGAAAGUGAUUCUCAGCAUAUAGAUGAAUUUUCAUCUUCUGAAGAUAAUUUACCGGUUGAAAAAAUUCCUUCCAGAAAGCAAAGCCCUAAGAGUAGAAAACAGAGAGGCAGAGUUCAGUCUGGGUCUAAAAGGCUUCAUCUUAUUGAAGAUAGGUCUGUUUCAAAAAUGAAGUCUAGCAAUUGUGCUGUGCAUAGAACUUCUGCAAGUAAAACUGUAUUGGAACAUCAGGAGCAAAAAGUGGAAUCAAUGGACAGAUACUUAGAUGGUGUUCAAGAAGUGGCAUAUAUUCAUUCAAAUCAGAAGGUGGUUGGAUCCAGCAAAGCUGAGAAUUACUUGAGCCGGUGGGCAGUGCGAGACGUUUUUGAGUUGAAACAGUUUUCCCAGCUCCCUGCUAAUGUAGCAGUCUGUAGUGCCAAGAAAAAUGAAGAAACUCCAGAAGAUGACACAGCAGAGAAGAACAUUAUUAAGAGGGAGAAAGACAUGCUGGCUAACAGUGAUCAAUGUCACCGAUAUGUUGUGCAUCCUGUGACCCAGAAAAACAGGAAAGUACACAGAGUAGGUUCAACAACUUUCUUGAUUGGGAGCACGCCUAAAAGAAUCUGCAGGAGACAAUUUGAGGAAAUGGUAUCCCACUUUAAUAUGGGAUCAGUGGAAGAACUUGCAGAACAUAUUGCAAAAGCUACGUCACAAACAAGACAGAAGAUGUUGAAGGAAUUCUACAUAUCUAAGCAUCCAGAAGUGGACUCUUUCUUCACAGCUGAAGUACCAGCACAAGCUUCACAUGACUGUGAGGAAAGAGAAUUGGGUACAAUACGCCCCAGAAAAAGAAAAUCCAUUGUUAAUUUUGUAAGAUCAAAGUCUACUUCUUCAUCAGCUAAAGGACUACUUCUGAGCAGAGCUACAGAAGUGCAGAGCCAUAAAGGAGAAAUAGAGCAGCUUCACAGUGACGCCUACUUGCAAGAUGUGUGUGUUGAUGCAAAAUAUAAACAACCACCUACAGUUGCAUGUCAACAUAUCAAAAAGAGAAACAGGCAGACAUUCAAGGAUUUUAUGGAAUGUGGCUCAUUAAGCAGUAAAUCAAGAAUAAUUGAGGUGCUGCCUGUAAAAGGCUGUGAAGAAAAGCAGGACUUCGAAGGAACACAACUGCCAAGAAAAAGAUCCCUGUCUCAGUCAGAAAACAGGGAGAGAAAAGCUCUGACUUGUAAGAAAAAGUCUUUUGUGGACUUACUUGGAGAUACCACUAUUCUCAACGACCUCUUCAGGAAUGAUGCAAAUGCUCCUACAGAAUCACCAAGGAAAGUCCCCUCAAGCAAAGCUGAAAAAUCACAGGAGAGACCAAAGGAUUUCUGGGAUAUGCUGAAUGAGCAGAAUGAGGAGAGCCUCAGAAAGCUGACAGAUAUAGCAGUCAUAGAGAAGUUAUGUGAAAGAGCACCUCAUCCCCCAGUGACAGAAGAGAAAGAAGUGUGUGAAAGUUCUCUUUGGAAAAAAAAUGAAAAAUUUCUGUGGAAAAGAUACAAUUCAGAUGAUUCAGAUGAACCAUCCACUGCUACAUCUUGAAAUUUAGUUAAAUGAAAGGUUUUUUUUAUGAGAGUUGCACUAUAUUUUAG